AUGCUAAAAGAAUUAGGCCUCAGCGUUUAUAAGGCCUACGAUUGUUUGUACCUGAGCAAGCAGACGGCCGCCCUGAGGGAGGUGAACGAUUCUCGGCUUCGCAUCUACGAGCAGCUGGAGAUCUCCAUACACGAGCUGGAGAAGAACAACAACAGACUCGCUGCCGAGGGCGCCGCUGACAAGCGUAAAAUAAGGAACUUGUGUAGUAACUUGGAAUCUGUGGAGGCUCGCUGUGAUGAGCUACAAAAGAACCUGGAGGAGGCGCGGGCAGGCGCCCAGCAACAGAGGGGUAGGAACAAGCGACGCUCCAUCAUUGUGGAGGAUCAGAACAUCCGACGCUCGCACUCCUGCGAGAACACCACACAGGAGGAGGAUCACGAUAUUGAUGUCCAGAACUCGGAAGACCGAGUGCCUGAGGAUAAUGAAGCUCGUAAUAGGAUUGAGGAGCUACAGGAGAGGCUGAAGGCAACCCAGAAUGAACUAGGUUCUGAAGUUCGAAAGAGAGAAGAGCUGGAGAUUCAACUAGCAUGCACAACCCAGGAGAAUAAUGUCCUGCUAGACCAGUUGGCUGUGUUGCGUGAAAAGGAAAUAACAGUACGAACAUUUGACGAGGAACUGGCAUCUCUUGAUGAUGCUUCUUCUGGAAGACUCUGCCGAAAGUGUCUUGGUCAUGUAGACGAGCUGGCAAGCAACCCAACUAUCUACGAUCUUCAAGAUAGCAUUGAGGAUACUGAUGCCUCAAUUGAGAGUAUUCAUGGGGAAUGUGCUCUCAUUAAGCUCAAGAAUGGAGGUUAUGCUUGGGGUAGCCAGGAAUCGUUGGCAUCAAUUGGCCAGGUGGUUAGUCAUGUGGGAUCUGGUGGGACAUCCCCUGGGACAGAAGCUAGUGAAGCUCCACACAACUCCCUGUUGUCAGAACUUGAUACUUCAUACCGCAUCUUAAUUGAGAAAUAUGAAGCUCUCCUGGAAGCUCGGGAGCAGCAGCAGCAGCAACAACAGCAGCAACAACAGCAGCAGCAACAGUUGCAGCAACAACAGAACCAGAGCACACAAGGGUCAGGUUUUAGCCAUGAAAGCCUUGUUCAUCCAGGAGUUGAUGAUAUGUCUGGCCCAAUGAGUUUGGUGAUGACAGACACCAUACAUGAUUCCGCCAUCACUAUGAAGUGCCAGCGGUGUCAUACCUGCACCUGUGACCUUAAGCCUUCUGUUGGUCGCCCUAAAAGCAAUAUGGAAGAGUUUUCAGAGGUGGAGACAUCAUCAUCUGGUUUUUCAGAUGGAGAAAGUAGGCUGAGUAACAAGGCAACACAAACUGGAGAAGAGACCCCACACCGUGAGAUUUUUGAUGACUUGACACCAACGCCAACUUUAUCUGCCAAAUGCUUAGACCUGAGCUCCCCUAUCAACCCAUGUGAUAAGAGAUUCCAGGCAGCUCCUGAGUAUAAAAAGCUGUUCCAGGAGAUUUUUACUGUCUUGAAGAAAACUGUAGAUGAAAAAGAUACUCAGACUCAAUCUUCCAAGACCCCUCAGGUACAAGAAAAGAUGUCGCAGGAAGUAAAUUUUAGCAACGAAGCUACUCCUAUCAGAGCUGAUGACUUCAAUAAUUCUACAGUUAUUGAAGAUUCUAAUAUGUCUCUUGAUAAAAAUGAAGACUCCAAGUCUUCACCUGCAGAAAUCUAUGACAUUGCAUCUGCUCCAGAUAAUGUAGACUCUAAACUUCAGUGUAUUGUGGAAAAGGAAAUUGCUACUGUUAUAAAAGAACUGAACCUUUCCGAAACUUCUCAGAUUUCUGAGAAUAUAUGUACAGAGGGCUUGAGUUUACAGGAGAAGAAAGAAUGCCACAUUACAGCAGAGGAUCAACGCAUUAUCCACAAGCCACCCCGGCCUGAUACCCUGGACUUGGGUAAUGGCUCACGACCAUCCAGCAGACAGAAGCGUCGUCGCCGUCACCAGCGCAUUCGCCUAGACUCCUACCAACAACAACAGUAUCAAGGUCAAUACCAGUACACUCACGGAAGCCAGAGUCUGAAUCACACUAAUCAUGGACAAUUAAGCUACAGACAACACAGAAGGGACAGAGAUUCCUAUCAGUUGCAUAAUCAGAGGCAACCACAGGAUGAAUUCCCUACCUUACAGCCACAGUCAGAAGAAGAAGUUGGCAAGACUCGAAUUGUCUAUAAUUCAAAUCGAGGUCGCUGUGAACAUCACAGAUCACGCAGACACAGAGAUCGUAGCAAUAAUGGCCAACAUCACAAGAAUCCUCAAAAUGAUAAUGGUGACAUUAAGCAACAUUCCCAAAGUGAAAGUCAAAGGCAUCAAACUUCUAACUCAGACGCGAGAGUGAAGCCAGCAACACCCAAGAUUAAUUACCCGUCCGUUGAAGUUGCGAAAUUAAGAAAACUUGAGAUGACAUACGCAGAAGCUCUGAAACACUCGUUACACAGAUCCUACUAUAAUCGUAGGUACUGAUAGAGGUCCACAUAUUCGACGACAAAAAACAUAUGACUUUUGACAUGUCAGUUAAUGCAUUAAAUGUGCAGUCAUAUUCUGUAAAGAACUGAAUUAAAUUUUAGAUAAUAGUGUUGCAAAAGCUUCAUUUGUUAUGUUCUUUGUCUUAUUUUAUUUGAUGGGUUGUGUUGUAAAUAUAAUGAUGUAUAUACAUAGGUACACUCAAGUCAUUGUAAGAUAUUAUUUCUUUGGGUAUAUAUAUAUUUAUUUCUCUUAGUGUGCCAAGUAGCAUUUAGUAGCUUGUAGUUUCUUCUGUUUAUGUCCCACUUUGUUAAUAUAUCGUUAAUUAUGCCACACCUUGUACGUCUGAUGUCUCGUCACCUCUUCCCAGUUUGCUGUUACUGGUUGUGCAUUUUGACUUCAGAACUCAAUUUAGAAUCCCUCCCCCUCUCUUUUGGAAGCUACUUUUGAGUACACUGUUAAUUUUCUCUCUAUGUUUGAGUAACCCAGUUCAUGUGCCAAAGAACAGGCUAACUCUUUAAUGCCCACAAAACUGUCACUUGGAAUCAUUUGCACGUCUCUGGAUCCAGAUUUCAAAGAGGAAAUUUACCCAAGGAUUCUGAUUUUCCUUGAAACCCUAAACACUGUAUUUUAAGGAAAACUGUUGUUUCAGUGUCACAAGUACUUGAGAGCUGGUACAGUAUUUCAUGUACUUCAAAGCUGGUAAUGUCUCAUGUGCUUGAGAACAGACCUAUUGAUUUCUAGUCUAAUCUGAAUUUUGUAAUAUAUACAGUACUAUAUAUCUAUGUUAUAGAGAAUCUACGGUCACAUAUUUGGCAACUUAUCAGAAUGUGUUCCAUUUAAUAAUUUGAUCAAGUGCAAUAUUACCAUAUUCCAGCCAGUGUUUUCAGCGACAGUUGCAAUUAUCAGUCUCAAAUGUUAAAGGAUAUUUUUUGAGCUGGAAGAUUAGAUGUGUUUGCAAAGUUUGAGUUGUACACCCGAGAACUGAUGAUUUCUGUAUUGCGUUUAUCUUUAGUUGGAGGGAAUUUUGUGUUUGAUUUAUAUAAAAAAAACAGACAUGACUUUUCUGUUACGGUCCUCGAAUAAUAGUUACUUAGUCAGUUUCAUGUUUUAAUAGCAUUAAUUGAUAUUC